UCCUUCAUUGCAUUAGUAUCGUUAGUUCAUAUGAACACGCAAUAUGUGAUAAUCAGUGAUUUCAUACAGUUUUAUAAUUGUGAAAAAUAUAAUCUGAACUGUAUUUAGUGACUAAUAAAAUAAUUGGUUUUCUUGUGCAAUAAAGGUAAAAAAUAUCAAUACAAGAUGUUAAUAAGCGGGCUUUUUAUCUUCAUCCUAAUAUUAGUAUAUUUUUAUUAUAAGUACAUAAUAUUCAAUUUCUGGCGAAAAAAGGGAGUGUUUGUACCUGUCGAACCUGUUGUACCGACUGGCAAUGUGACCAAAUUUUUGACUGGAAAAAUAUCAGUAGGCGAACUCAUGAAAAAUUUCUAUAUGAAAUAUAAGGAACAUCGUGUUAUUGGAAUCUACACAUUGUUCAAACCAAAUCUGAUAGUCGCCGAUCUCGAUCUAAUUCAAACUAUGCUCACGAAGGAAUUCAAGAGUUUUCAUGAUCGUGGAAGGUACAUCAAUGAAAAGGUCGAUCCACUAUCUGGUCAUUUGGCUUCAUUGACCGGAACAAAGUGGCGGAAUUUACGCGUCAAAUUGGUACCAACUUUUACAUCGGGCAAGAUAAAACAAAUGUUCACGAUUAUAAGGGAAUGUAGUGAAGAGUUGACGAAAAGUUUAGAAAUGGAAACUCAUACAAAAAAUGCUGUUGAUAUCAAAGAAAUAUUUGCAAGAUACACGACGGAUAUAAUUAUGUCAACUGCAUUGGGAAUAAAGUCCAACUGCUUAGUUGAGGCGAAUAAUGAAUAUCGAUACUGGGGAAAGAAAUUUUUCGAAUUAAAUCCUUUCUGGUCCGCUAUGAGGAUAUUUGCACCAGAAAUUUUGGAAUUCUUUUCCAUUCCUGCUACGGAUCGUGGUGUCACCAAGUUCUUCACGAAAUUAUUCCGUGACAAUGUGGAGUACAGGCAAACUCACAACGUCGUAAGGCACGAUUUUAUGAAUUUACUUAUACAACUCAUGGAGAAAGGCUACGUUGAACUUGACGACAAUAAUAGGGACAACGCCGAUAAAUCUUCUAACACGAAUAAACUUACCAUGCUGGAGGCGACCGCACAAGCCUUUGUCUUCUUCAUAGCUGGCUUCGAAACAUCGUCGACCACGGCGACGUUCUGCCUGUAUGAGUUAGCUGUACAUCAGGAUAUACAAGACAAAGUUCGCCAGGAGAUCGAUGAGACGUUGAAAAAGCACGGUGGACUGACUUACGAUGCUUUGAACGAAAUGACGUAUCUGCACAAAGUAGUCCAAGAAACUUUACGGAAAUAUCCACCUGCAACUGUUUUGAGUCGUGUCUGUACCAAAGAGAUAGUCCUCCCGACGACAAACGUUCACAUCCCGGUAGGGACAUUAAUCUCUAUACCAGUACUCGGAGUGCAUCGAGAUCCGUCAAUAUACCCGGAUCCGAACAAAUUCGAUCCUGAACGUUUCAACGCGGACCAAGUGGCAGCGAGGCAUCCUUAUGCUUUUUUGGCAUUUGGUGAAGGACCACGUAUCUGUAUUGGUGCAAGGUUUGGUUAUGUGCAAGCAAAGGUUGGAAUUAUAAGCAUCCUAUCGAAGUUCAAGGUUAAAUUGCAUCCCCAAACUGCGGUACCACUCAAAUUUGAUAAGACACAUAUACUCACUGCCAAAGGUGGUGUGCAUCUUAUUAUUGAAUCACUUUAAGCUAAUCGCGCUGAUACUUUUAAGUUGUAAAAUUGAUUCUGACGAGAUGUCUGGGAGCAAAAUGUUAUAUACAAAAAAAAGAGAUACUAACACUCUAGUAAAUAUUAAAACCUAUUUUUUAUUUAUAACAAAAGUAUGGCCAUAUUUCAAAACGCACGGAAAAAAAAGUUUGGUUGAAUUAACCAAAUAUCUGGUCAAUUAUGAACGAUCCAGAAAUUUCGAUUGAAGUAAUCCGAAUUCUGUUUAAGUUAACAAAAUGUUUGGCUGACUUAAACAGAAAUCGAGUUAUUUCAAUCAGAAUUUCUGGGUCGUUCAUAUUCGACCAGAUAUUUGGUUAACUCAACUAAAUCUUUUUUUCCGUGCGUAAAUAAAAAAUAUCGUUGAUAUAAGAAAAUUAAGCGCAGUACGAUUAUGUCACAAAAUCGACCGCGUAAAAAAGAUUGACCAGUCGAUGACAGAUCGAAUACGACAUGUAUAAUAUUUACUCCGCCCGGCGUAAUAUUUUUAACAUUUUUUAUUGUGACUCAUGAAAUGUUACGCGAAAACGUGGAAAGUACAAGGUGUGAUAAAAAAAAGACCGGAAUUCUGUCGUCGAGCGCGUAAAACUUUACGGAUAGUACGGAUAGUACUUUACGGUAGUUUAAAAUUUUACAGAUAGAUAGCGCAUCCUAGCGAUCUGUGAAGAACUGCUCCAGCGUGCGAAUACGGAUGAAAAUUUCUUAAAAAAUGUUAUUACUAGGGGCGAAACAUGGAGCAGUUCUUCAUAGAUCGCUAAACAGUUCUCCUUUUGGUCACGCGUGAGAAUCGCAGAACGGUACAAACACACACUCGUUUCCAGUACAAUAACUUCAGAACUACUGGACCAAUCGUAACGUAAUUUCUACAACGUACUGAAGAAGGAUGCGCUAUCUAUCUGUAAAAUCUUAAACUACAUCCGUGAAGUUUUACGCGCUCGACGACAGAAUUCCGGUCUUUUUUUAAUCAUAUCUUGUAUAAUAACUAAAUAUCCAAAAAUAUGCAGGGACAUAUCAUACUAAGAAAUAUCAUACUAAGAAUCAUUGA